ACGUGGGUGGCGAGUAUGAAUUAGCGGCCGCCGUAACGUAACUACCGGCAUUGUGAAACACCGCAGCAUCCUUUCUAUACUCGUCGUACUGCUGCAGUAGCGAAAAAAUGGCCUGUAGGGACUUCUCAAAGAAGCGCUUACAACUACCAGAUUCUCCUCCUCCAGAAUAUGCCGAAAGUGACCCAGUCUUGAUGAUGAACGUCAUGGAAAAGGAGAAGACUGCCGAGGCGAUCGCAGAUCCAGUUCCAGUCUUGGACACUGCUGCAGUGUGCCUCAUGCAUCCGGAACUCGUCAAUGAUCGACACUCGGUUGUGGAUCUCUCCUACCCCAAUUCGUAUGUCAAUGACGAUGAGGAUGCGGACCCGUGGGCCAUGCCCGAGCUACACGACUCGAGCAUACAGUGGUCAGAACUGUCUGCAUUCGCUAAAGUCCAAAGAGUUGUUGUGGAUUAUGUCGGACGAAGUUUGGCACUGGUGGCAUUACUCUACAUCUUCAUAUGUUCGCUGGAUUUCUUGAGCUCUGCCUUCCGUCUGAUUGGUGGAAAAGCGACCGGGGAAAUAUUUAACGACAGCGAGAUACUGUCGAAUCCAGUGACAGGUCUCAUGAUUGGUGUCCUUGCUACUGUAAUGUUGCAGAGUUCUAGCACAUCCACUUCCAUUGUUGUGACAAUGGUUGCCUCUGGAAUUGUAGAUGUAAGACGGGCGAUUCCAAUCGUGAUGGGAGCCAACAUCGGAACGUCUGUCACCAACACCAUCGUUUCAUUCGCACAGUCCCAGGAGAAAAACGAAUUCAGACGUGCCUUUGCUGGUGCCACUGUACAUGACAUGUUCAACUGGUUGUCAGUACUCAUAUUGCUUCCAAUGGAGGUUGCAACAGGGUACUUGUUCACACUUACAAAGGCCAUCACCAGUAGUUACAAUCUCGGGAGACAGGAGAGUGCUGACAGAGAAUUUUUGACGGUCCUUACAAAACCUUUCACACGUCUAGUUGUACAGUUGGACAAGGGUGUCAUUGAGGAUAUUGCGCUUGGCGUGCCUGGGGCGACAAACAAGUCCCUGAUCAAGUACUGGUGCAGUUAUGAGACGACAAAAAGUCUGAUAAACGCAACUAUGGAACAAAACUACACGGACAAUAGUUCUGCCACUUUGUUUGAUUACACUGUUGAAGAGGAGGUCAAGGUUGGAGUCGAGCCUUGUUCCUUCCUGUUCCACGACACGGGGCUGGCCGACGAAGUUCUCGGAGUAGUGCUGCUCGCGCUCUCGCUCUGCAUGCUCUGCAGCUGCCUCGUGCUGAUGGUGAAGCUGCUGCACUCGAUGCUGCGCGGCCAGAUAGCGACCGCCGUCAAGACGAUGGUGAACGCCGACUUCCCCGGCCCGCUCUCGCACCUCACGGGCUACUUUGCGAUCGGCGUCGGCGCGUGCAUGACGAUCCUCGUGCAGAGCAGCUCCGUGUUCACGUCGGCUCUGACACCCCUCGUCGGCAUCGGCGUCGUCGGACUCGAGCGCAUGUACCCGCUCACGCUCGGCGCCAACAUCGGCACGACGGUGACGGGGCUUCUCGCGGCGAUGGCGAGCAGCGGCGCGCGCCUGCGGAGCGCGCUGCAGAUCGCGCUCUGCCACCUGUUGUUCAACGUGAGCGGCAUCGCGCUGUUCUACCCGAUCCCGGUGACGCGGCGGCUACCGAUCGGUCUCGCGAAGAUGCUCGGCAACACGACGGCGCGCUACCGCUGGUUCGCGAUCCUCUACCUGCUCGCGAUGUUCGUGCUGCUGCCCGUCAGCGUGUUCGCGCUGACCAUCGCCGGUCCCGUCGCGCUGGCCGUCGUCGGCAUCCCCGCGUGCGUCGUCGCCGCGUUCGUCGUCGUCGUCAACGUGAUGCAGGCGAAGCUUCCCGGCGCGCUGCCGCAGUCGCUGCGCACGUGGGAGGCGUUCCCGGAGUGGAUGCACUCGCUCGAGCCGCUCGACCGCCUGCUGGCGCGCUGCUCCUGCUGCAGGCGCGCCGCGCUGCAGACGCGCACCCCACGCCCGGCGAUGACUCGCAACGACGCCAGCUCACGCCAUCUGUUGGAUACCAGCGCAAACUCGAGCGCCAACUCUAGUCGGCUUCCAAGCAGAAACAGCAGUCAUGUGAGCCUGCCAAUACGACCAAGUCUGUCGGCCAUCAAUAUCGAGCAAAAGACGGCUGUAUAGCACAAGUACAAGUUAUUAGUCCUGUACUUUCUCACUCGUUGGAUCAGAGCAGGGCUGGUAGAUUUAGGGACCAUAUUGUAUAAGGUUUAUUCACGUGUGCAUAAUUAACCUGUCGUUUACAUGUCUGUGUACUUGUGCAAAUUAUGUAGGUAUGGUGUAAAUAGUUGUCAAUUGCUGGAUUUGUUACAAAAUUUUGCGCCAAUUUAUAGCAUGCUAUUUAUUUAUUUAUCGCAGAAAUCUACACAAUAUUUAAAUUUUAUACUGCUCGUUCAACAGUCAUACAGUUUAUGUAUGCAGCAACAUUACGGUUGUUCCGUGCUGUACAAUCAUGACAAUUAUGCAAUGUUGAUGUUUUAGGCAAUUUAUGGAAGCAUCUAAUGAUCUGCGACAUUCGUGUUCACGUAUGUUAUAUCUUAAACUUUUGGCCCUUUUGCCACAACCCUCAAUUUAAAUGGGGGUUAAAUGCUUUUUGUUUGCUUUUAUUAUUAAAAAGGCAAUAAAAAAUGCAAAUAAAUUAUAUGAAAGAAUA